AUGGCAACGAAAGCAGCAAUGGUAAGGCUAGUGGUCGAUGCAGGAAAGGCUGCUCCUGCUCCACCAGUAGGUCCAGCCCUCGGUUCCAAGGGUGUCAAAGCCAUUGAUUUCUGUAAAGAAUUCAAUGCUCGUACUGCCCAUUACGAACCCGGAACACCAGUACCUUGUUUAGUCAAAGUAAAACCUGAUAGAACUUUUUCAUUUGAAAUUAAAUCACCACCUACAUCGUGGCUUUUAAUGAAAGCAGCUCAAGUGGAAAAAGGAAGUGGUAAAGCUGGUAAUGAAGUUGUUGGAACAAUAAGUUUAAAACAUGUUUGGGAAAUUGCCAAGAUUAAACAAACUGAUGAUCGACAUAAAGAUUUGGAUUUGAAGGCUAUUGUUGGUAGUAUAAUAAGUACGGCAAAUGUUGUUGGUAUCAAAGUUGUACCAUAA